AUGUAAUAUAGUUUAUCCAAGAAAUUAGAAGAAUUCCAAGAUCUUGAUCCAAGCGAGUCGUUUCCCCAGAGAAGAGUGUCCAAAACCAUCGGUUAUCAGAAUAGCUAAUCAAUUCAAGAGGAAGACGAGGAGCAAUCCUCUUCAAAUGUACAAUAACCUAAAGCUAAAUUACCUUACAUGAAUUCUUCAAUCUAGUAGCCUUGUGAAUUUAGUGGGAGCGACAUGAAAGUGCCAACGAUCUAUACGAAUAUUCAAUCAAUUAAAAGUUUUGAUAAAAACCUAUUCUAACCAGAAUCAAAGAAUAAAAUAGUUGAUAUCUCAGGAUUUGAUAGUGCAAUACAAUCUCCCCAAUCAGAUUCUGUUGAAUCCUAUUUGGUGGAUAACAACAAAGCUUCAACGCUCAAUUCUUAACAUAUCAAAGCAAUCAUCAAUAGGUUUAUCUAGAAAAUGAAAAGGAAAGUGGAUUGGACAUAGUUGAACGAUUUCACUUUAACAGAUAAUGCAUAUGAAGUGAAUCCUUAGAUUUAUAAGUGGUUUACAAUAUUCUACUUCCUAUUUAGUACGACCAUCAAUAUCCUAUCGAUAAUAUUCAUACCUUUGCAAAUUGUUGAAGAAUUAGAAUUUAAGAUUGUAGCUUACACUGCUCACUGUUUAGUCAUCUUCUAAAUAACAGCAGACAUUCAUUUCAAGAGAGGACCCUUUCAUUUGUAAGAAGGCAAUUUUAAUACUUCUUUUAUGGAUGACACCAAAUUAGCCUUAGAUCUAUUUCGGAUCAUAUUUGCCAUCCUAUUAAUAUUGGUCUAUUAUUAUAAUGUGAAAUAUCUGAUUAUCCCCUAUUUCAUUUUGCAAUUGAUAAGGUAGGCUGAGCGUUUCGAGAACAUUUACACUUCGAUUUCGCUGUUUUUUUAUAUCAUAGUUUUGUGGCUUACGAUCAUAAUGUCAUUUGUUUGUCUCUUUGAAUGCGAGUAGGACAUAUAUUAUUCACUGACUGUUGCAGUCUCCAUUCUCACUCAUAAUGGGAUAAUCGCUGUGGAUGUCACUCCCACGAAUUCGUUCCUCCUUCAAACUUACAUGAUUAUUGGUUGGUUAUCCAUGAUUUACACAGCCACUGUUAUUUUCAUUUGGAUCAAACCCUCCAUCAAAUUGGAAUAGGAGAAGGAGAAACAUUUGGCUUCAUUCCUCCAGGGAAUCAAGAACAAAAAUAUCGAUUAUGGAUUACAAUGCAGAUGCUACUCAUAUCUUGAGUAUAUAGUUGAUGAAGACAUCAUGAAAACCCGUGAUUUGUUGACCAAGAAGUUGUCGCCUGCUCUUUAAGAAGAAUUGCAAGUCUCCAUUCGUUCCAAGAUGGUUGAGAAGAUCAAACUGUUUAAGAAGUUUUCUUCGAGUCUAAGACAGCAAUUGAUCUAUUGGUUUGAAAUUGCACAAUACAACCCAGAAGAAAAUAUAGUCUAAGAACACUUAAUAGAAGACCAUUGUUUAUAUUACAUAUUGAAGGGGAAAGUCAAAAUACAAUUCCAAGGUUAAUUUUAAGGGAAGCCAAAGAGAACAUUUCACACUUUGACAGAAGGUUAAACAUUUGGUGAAUUUUCAUUUAUUAGCGGAAUUCCACCUUACAUUUCAUUAAACAGUGAUGGAUUAACCACAGUUUUGAGAUUGAGGAGAUCUGAUUUCUUAGAAAUCAUCAAGUCCUUUCCUUAAGAUAAUGAAAUCUUUUGUUUUUAUAAGGAUAACUGUAAUCAGAAUCACAACAUGUUUGAAUGCCAUUAUUGUAAGGUUUAGGGACAUAUGCUGUUUGAAUGCUAAUACUUGUAAUAUUAUCCUUAAAAAAUGAAUGUCAUUGAGAAAUACUUAUAUCCUCAUAUACAAUAGCGGUUUAAGACAGAAAGGCGUUUGAAGUCGCCGAAAGCGUUACCUAUGUUAUUUGUUGUGGGAGAAAGUGCAAAGCAAUUUCAGUAAAAACUAUCUUAGGAAAUAAUGACAUCUGAGGAUUUCCCAGUGUCCUCAUAAUUACCGUACAGUGAAAAUCAGACCCAACAAUCAGCCAGCUACCUAAGUAAGACUCAAUCGAUCCAUAAAAACCCAGAUUAGCUGAGUGAGAAUCCUGACAGUGUUGAAGAUUAAUUAUAUGAUGAAAUGAUAAUAGACCCAGUACAUAAUAAUCAAUUCAGAAAAUAAUAAAAUAAAACUACUCUAAGAACUGCUGGAUUUCCUUUUUAGGCAGACAACCUAGGUACUAAGGUUCAUAAGCCUAUGGUAGAAAACUUGCACAAAGAAAAAUUAUAAAUGAUUAGUGAAGCAACAUAAAGUAAAUAAUUUGACUCUCUCAAUUCAAAACACGAAGAUUCAAAUUAAUUUAGUAAGUAAACCAGUAGUUCGUAAGCAUUCGUCAAGAAAAAUAAUGUAUACUCUGCAGCACGAUCAAUGCACACCAAAUUGACAUUCCGAUAUCAACAACAACAAUCCAGUUAGAUGGAGGAGUCAAUUCAAUUCUAAUAACAAUAGAAUUCUGUAAGACAAACAUCCAAUCGAUCAAACACUUAUUCGAAUCCUCUUUCAAACAACAUAUCUAACAAUCCAUCAAUUGCUUCAAAGGUACAUACAAAAUCAGCCAGAGUGUCUCCUACUUAAUUUUAGUCAUAGCAGAAAAAGAAGGAUGAGAGGGCCUCUCAUAGUGAUCAAUCAUUAUCUGAAUAGCGACAUACAAAUAGAAAAAAGAGUACUAAAACAGGAACAAAAGUUAGCAUACUAUAAUCUCAAUUCCAAGUAAUCAACACUCCUGAUAAUCCACAUUUUCAAUACAAUGAGAUAUUUUUUAAUAGAUUUGAGAAAAUGCAUCUAUUCAAGUACUACAAUCCCCACAACAACUACGACAAUGUGAUACAGAGAACCAACAAGUUUCACAGAUAAAAGAAGGGAAAACCCAGUUUAUACACUUUAAAGUGUUUUGUUUCUACAAAAAUAAAGCGAGUCAAGAGAUUAUUAGAAUAACAAACAUGA